AUGACGAGCGAUAGUCAGGCGUUCAUCGGCAAGACAACUGGUAGAACUAUAGAUAUCGGUCGAACGCACGUAUCUCACAGAGCCGGAGAGGCAAGAAACUGUGAGAUUGUCGACGUGGCAAUAUCAAUCGGUGGGCAGGAGUCUUGCAGUCGGGCAGCACUGCUGAUAAAGUCCAUCCUCCUGUUUCGACGGAGUCCAAUCCGACUCCAUCUCCUGGUGGACCCUCCAUCCAGACACGUGAUGGGGACACUGCUCAGAACGUGGCAUCUGUACGGCCUGGAGUUCCACCUGUACACCGUCAAAUGGACGUCGAAACAAUCUGAGAGUGGUUUCAACUCUCUUCCCCAUCUGCUAGAGCUGUUACCCCCCUCUGUAGAGAAAAUAGUUUCACUACAGUCUGAUAUACUUAUGUCGCUGAAAGUACACGGGCUGUGGAGUGUAUUCAGUGAUAUGGAGGCACAGGGCAGUGCAUUUGGUCUAGUCCACAACUCUGAGGCUAACAAAUUUCGAAGUGAAGUGUUUCUAAUUGACUUGAAAAGAACGAGACAACUUGUCACAGACUUAGACCUAGAGGGUGGGUCAAACAUACUGUCCUCUCUGUACCGACAAGACAGAGACUUGUUCUCUGUAUUGAGCCCUGCAUGGAGUGUCUACAGUGACGACAGAAUGCUUUCUGUGAACACUGAACAGUGUAGCUUUCAACAGACAAUGUGCGUACACAGCUCAAUUGGUGUCGGUGACUUCAAGACCAAAGUCCAAGACUACGACGGGAAUUAUUUGAGGGAGAAAUGGAUAGACUGCCGGACGGGACCCACGUUUGAUCAAAAUGCCAUCGACUAUCGCGAGAAGACAACAGUCUUUGCACAUCCGUGCACAGACCUCAAGAGAGAGGGGAAUCAGGAGCGAAGGACGCACCCUUUCUAUGCAGGCCAGUGGCUAGAUCCACAGUUAAACCGUUCUUACCCAAACGACGUGACGCUAGUACUUCACGUGACUGUUGACAGACUUGUGAAAAUGCUAGAGCCCAUGUGCAGGCACUGGGAAGGUCCAAUGAGCAUUGCAGUCUUUGCCAACGACUUUGAAGUUUCUCGUCUCCUUGAUCUCAUUCGCAGUUCUCCCUUAAUCAGGUCCCGUGAGAACAUUGCCUACCACGUGGUGUACAAGGAGGGAGUCAAUAUGUACUAUCCCAUAAACCCCCUUCGUAUUGUGGCCGUGGAGAAUGCCCAGACAGAGUACGUGUUUCUAAACGACAUGGAUUUCCUUCCGUCGUUUGGACUCUACCCGUAUCUCAAAAAGACUGUGAGAGCAUUUGACUUGUCUCGCCAAGUGCUCGUCGUCCCUGCCUUUGAGACCUACGAAAACCCUAACAGUUUCGUUUUCCCGAAAGACAAAUCAACACUAAUAGGUAUGGUAUCGCAGAACAAGGUGUUUCAGUUCCACAGGAGUGAGUAUAUCCGUGGACAUGCGCCCACUGAUUAUGGCAGGUGGGAAAAGGCAACCAAGCCGUAUGAGAUUCAGUGGCAGCCUCAGUACGAGCCGUAUCUUGUAACCAGCAGGAAUAUCACUCCGCACGACACUCGGUUUGUCAGCAGAGAUUUCAACAAGGUGUCCCACACGGAGCAACUCUAUUACCAGCGCUACCGGUUCUACGCUCUCUCUGGUGGGUUCAUACUACAUCUGCCCCACCAGCUGUCGACUGACGCGAAAAGGCAGAGGGAGAGCGAUCGCCACAGAGAGUGCUACGCUAGAAGAAUGGAGGACUGGAGAAUGGAAAUGGCGCAGCAGUAUGGCUAUGAGCCCUACCUUGUUACCUUGUACAAGAUAUGGAAUAGAAUCUCCAGCUCAUAUGACACUUCACUAUAA